AUGAGUUGGGGUUAUCCAAUGUUGACUAUAGAUGAAUACAUAGACCGUGAAGAGAUGCUUGCGAAUAAUGAAUUUACAUCAAAAAAUUUUAAAGUCUGGAUUUUAAUUCCAAGAAAAAGCGACACCAAUUGUAAGCCUUAUUAUACAUCAAAUAACACUGAACCAAUAAUCCUUUCACAAUGCGAGACAUUUCAACGUAAAGCUUUGAUAACGAUUUCACCUGGACGAGUUAAAGAAGCAACAUGUUAUUGUAUCACUGCUUUAUUCACUCCUCCUAAAUAUCGACACAUGGGUUAUGCUACGAUAAUGAUGAAAUUGUUGAAUGAUAAAUUGAAAUUUGAACUCAAGGCUUCAUUUUCAUACUUGUACUCCGAAAUUGGUCCUGAUUUUUAUUCUAGAUUAGGUUGGAAAAUCUUUCCGCACAAAGAGAUUAGAUUUAAAGUCGAUAAUAAAUUUUUGCCUGCGUCUGCAGAUUCCGAAAUGAUCGUUGCGAUUAAUCAAUCUAAUUUAGAAAGUGUAGUUAAUAAAGAUUGCGAAUUUAUUAAAAAGGAACUUAAGAAACUAAACAAGAAAAGCAUAGUGAUAUUACCUACUAAACCUGCUUUUGACUGGUUGUUUCAAAAAACCAAGUUUUAUUCGGGAUAUCAUGCAAGUACAGAAGAUCCAAGACUUUUUGGUGCUAUUAUUUUGAAAGGAAAAAAUGAAAAUGAAGAAAUGCUUGAAAGAUUCAUUAUGUGGAACCAUGACUUCAGUGAAAAUGAAUUAUUAAUUGUCAGAUUUCGUAGUGACUCAUUAUAUAUGACACGAUUACUAAUCCAGCAAGCUAUGCAAGAAGCUAAUAAAUUUCAGUUUAACCGAAUUAUUUUAUGGAACCCAGAUUUAAAAUUAUUCAAUAUCUCGAAAGAUUUAAAUGUCUUUGAUGGUGAAGUUGUUGAAAGAACAGAAUCAUUGCCAUCCUUAGCAUGGUAUGCGGAUGGAGAUGAUAAUGUGGAUUGGAUAUUGAACGAAAAAUAUACCUGGGUUUGA